AUGACUCCAAUUGUACUGCCCGAUUUUGAUCUCGUCAAAAUCUCACCAACACUUAUCAACGCUCCAUACCCAGCCGGUUGGUGGGACGAAUUACACGUGCGAUUGACGUUCGAACGACGAUACAUAUGGUAUUUCAUGCAAGCCUACCUUCCUACCUACCUCACCAUAUUCAUCAGUUGGAUUUCAUUCUCAUUGGGGCCACGAGCGAUUCCGGCACGAACGAUGCUCGGCGUGAACGCGCUGUUGGCGAUGAUCUUUCAAUUCGGCAACAUCAUGCGAAAUCUUCCCAGAGUGUCCUAUAUCAAGGCCAUUGACGUCUGGAUGCUGAUGUCGAUGACGUUCGUUUUCUGUAGCCUGCUCGAAUUGGCCAUCGUCGGGUAUAAGGUGAAAAACGAGGAAAUAUUGAAGAAACGCGGCUAUGUUCCGAAAAAGACCGCUAAUCACCAUGUGAACAUGUUCGAAUCGUCGCCGGCUGGAUUAUGUCGGUACGAGAAACGAUUUGUGUUGCCGAUGGAACGAAGUGGCCUCGGUUGGACCCUG